AUGGGACGCUCUAAGAAGACAUGGCAGCCAGACGAGGAUUGGUCCCACUCUGGUGGGCAGGAGCGUUCUUGGUCGCUCUGGAAGGGUGCAUGGCCCAAAUCGCCUACUCCCAACAAUCGUUCGACGACCCAGCUCAGGUACGACCAGGUGGAUCCUGGCAGCGAACACUGGGACUACAACCAGACCUGGAGCGAACAGCCGGAGGAACAGAUACCUUCCGACUUACCAGUCGCCUUCCGGGAGAUCCAACGUGCUUUGACACAAGCGAGAAAGGCAGAUGCGCGUGUGCGAAAACUACGCGCGGAUGUUACCUACCGGCAGGCUCAGUUUGUGAAGUACGAGAACAUGAUGAAACAGGCUUUUGCCAAGAAUCACAAACAGUACGAGCAAGACCUUGCCAAGCUCCAGGACGAGAUCCAGAAUGCUUCCGAAGCAGGGAGAACAGCCACCAAGGACGUCCAGAUGUUGGUACUAUAUGGGCAAAUCAAGGAGAAUGCGCAAGAGACCAAGCAGGCAGCCUCUGCCGAUCGACUAUGGGCCGACCUGAUCCGUUCCAAUACGGAUGGCGAGGCCCCUGCGGAAACCUCCUUUCUCUCGGAAGCCAUGUCACUGGUCAGGAAUGCCCAGCCGGGCAUCCUCCGUCCAAGGGAUGGUCUGCCAGCAGCUCCCUCCAGAGUCCCGAGAGAAGUGACACCUCCACGGUCCAGACGUGUUAUGCCGAUGUCACCGCAGCAGGGCAAGGAAGAUGUCGUCCUUCGCGAUCCGGCAUCCUAUGGUUUUGCCAGGGAGGGUGGUCCUUACCCCAUCUCUCCCACGGCUCCAGCGGCAAGUACGGCUAUCCCACCGGGACUGGAGGAUCUCGACCAAGCUCGAAGUGGCAGCCGCCCCAAGAACAAGACCGGCGAUGGCACCGGAACCAGACAGCCAGUCAAGAAAAUUGUGCAGGGAGUUGCCCACACCAUCCAUCCAGGCGGAGUGCCACUGUCGGACAAACUGGAGGCACGCCGACAAGCUGCCGAAGCGGAAAUGAAUAUGGCGGGUCGUGCCAUGCGACCUUUCGGCCUACCUGCCGGCGCAGCUGGCAGCGCCGAUCCCAAUCCGGAAGAGGACCGUCUUCGCUACAUGUACAAUGGUCAGUGUGUGGAGAUUCGGGUCUCGAAUUCGGACGACGACGAUCUGGAAGAGAAGGAUGCUGUUCGCGGACCUGUAGGCCGGACAUCCCCAGACGGACUUUUCGUCGAGCAAACUGGUCUCACACCUUUACGUGUACAGACCACUUUCUUUGCCAAGGGCCUCCUCGUCGCUGGCGAUCCCAACUCGAGACACUUCUUUGGUCUUUGGAUGUUGUCUUGGUUGGGUCGUCUGUCUCCUCUGCCAAGGGAGUGGGUCGGUUUUAUACCGAUUUCGUUCCUGCGGCCUCGCCUGGAACUCAGCCUCCGGCUGCUUGUUCUUCCAACCUUCUUCCCAGAGGCGUGUGAAGCUCAACCUGUUGGUGCCGACAACCUGUGCACCGAUUGGAUCCUCGCUCUCAUUGAGGCUUGGUUGAUCCCUUUCGCCCGAAGCCUCCUGUUCCUCUUCUUUGGGGCACUUGUGAGGCUCUUCGUCCGCCCACUUAGGGCUCAUGGCGUUCUCAAGAAUACAGUUGCCUUUCCGUUUCUUGGGAUUCCCCCCACGGCAACUGUUCCUCUUGGCAGCAUUGGUUGUGUCGAUGUCCAGGCGAUGCAGAAGCCUCCCUUCAAACACAAGGGCGCUCGCAGUCAUGCAGCUGCCUUUUCGUGCCCGGCCAGGAUCAGCAUUUUUCGCAGACUUUGCUUGGGCAUCUUCGGCUUUCUGACCUUGCCACUUCCGCUUGGCAAUUCUGCUUUUGGUCCUGUUGCCCUUGGCCUCACCCUUCCUGUUCUGACUGGCGCCAUGGCACGAGCUGGCGAGGCGCCAGCUGUUGGCAGUUUUGACCAUGAUAUCGCACCGGAAGACCUUACUGCGCUCCAGGGAGUCAGUGAUGACGGCAUACACCCUGUUCUCACUGUGCUCAAAGAACAGCUUGAUAUGUUAGCAGAUCGGUUCCCCGAGCUUGUCCCAGUGCAACCGCAGCCUACAUCUGACAGCGCCACCUUUGUCGCCAUCCCAGCCUGGAGUGACGCCCGUGUUGUUGUCCUCCUUGAUGGCCGCCGCAUCAACGGAUGUGUGUUUUCAGCUGCAGUGCCUCCUGUCAUCAACCGAGAAUCACUGUUGCUUGCGGCAGGACAUGCCCAUAGCGCAUCCUUCCAGGUUUUUGUUCAUGGUUUGGUCACUCCGCUACAGCCAUAUCAAUCCAUCACAGUUGCGCACGGCAUGCUGGUCACUUUAGCACCAGCUGAUGUUUGGGCUCCUGCACACUUUGAUCUAGCAGACAUGCUCCAGGAUCGAACGACAUGGAGCCUCGAGGUUGCUCUGCCUGGGCCCACAGCAUAUCCUGGGAGCCACUUCCGUGUCUUCACAGAUGGCAUGCCCUUUGUUUUCAAAGUCGAGCCAGGACGACGACCGUCCUUUCAAGCUGACUUGAAGAAGGCCUUGCACACAAAGUCAGAGUUUCUCUCUGUCCUCCCUUCCGCGCCCCAGAUCCCAGAGCACUUCCACCUCGGGAUUCCUAUGUCUGGGGUCCUUCUAGCCACUGAGGUUGGCAGAGGUCAGGUUCUCCUCAUUGAAUACGUCGAGGAUUUAUCUGAUGAGCCAUCCGGGGAUGGCUCCGACGAUGGUGGCCAUGAUGGGACCAGUGGCAGUACGCACGGUCGCAGAAACAAGAACCAAAAGCGCCAUGCAACAUCUGCCCCUGACGAGCGACCUCGGAGCCGCUCCCCGCGAUCUAGCCACAAUGCGGGUGGACCUGCUGCCACCCCUGCUGCCCUGCAGGACCCACAGCAUGCUGGCAGUCUUACCGAUGAGCCCAACCAGGAAAGUCGAGUAGCCAUGUGGUCUCAACAGGCCGUACAUCCGUUUGAUGUUGUGCCAUCUGAUUCCACCUCUGUCCUCCUUACUGGUUUCCCUGCGGCCUCUGAGCAGCCUGAUACUAGCAGUCGAGUAGCCACGUGGUCAAGGGCCAGCGAGCCCGAGUCCACCUCUGCCCUCCUGCUAACAACGUCUGCUCCGCACAGUGGCGAUACUGUAAGCGACCAUUCAGUCCCAGACCCCCCCUGCCAAGACUCAGCUACCGGUUUAGGCAGCGUUGAUGCCCCCACACAUGUUGCUGUGCGCAUCUUUGUCACCGACUUUCCCAUCGAAGGUCUUGAGGUCCCAAUCGCAGCCUGCUCAGAUGUAGUCUCUACUCUGAGCGCCGUUGAUCAAUCUUGGCAUGGACCUUUGCGUGCGUACUUCCCGUACUUAGCAUAUGUGCGACCACAGCCUGACCCGAGCCACUUGCUGUGCAUAGCCAGUCCUUCUUGGCCUGGCAUUUCUUGUACAGUUUGCUUUGACUUGGCCGCCGUUGACGGACGUCAAUUUGCUGCACAGCUCCCUCCCAGGAUUGACAGGUAUAUCGCCAUGCAGUUUGCAGGCCUUGCCCCUGCAGCUGAGAUUGACCUUUACUGUCCCGGUCGCCAAGAUCCACUCGUAGAUGGCGAUGAACUGCUUGUUGGCCACGGUCACUGCUUUUCUUUUCGCCCACGAGGGACAGGACCGCCACCCUGUUGUGAUAUUCUUGUAGCUGGCAGACUUGCUGCUGGCCCAAACACUUCGCCCGAAGCUGCCCCCCCGGGAGUGUACUAUUGCUUAGUCACCGACCUCACCUAUCGGCCUUUCUUGCUGCUUCCCGAAAGGUCCGUCUUUUACAGGGCCGACAUCGCUUCGACUAAUGGUAUGCGCCUUUGGUGUCUGUCAAUUGAUCCAACGCAACCGCCUGUUCAAGACGCCUGUGUACAAGGCCGUUUGUGUAGGACUGUUGUCGCCGUUGGCGAGCGAGAUAGUCAGCCCGAUGACGACCUGAACGUCGGUCUUCUUGAUUGCCGACUUCUGCAGCAAGGAUGGUUCCGGAUCUUCUCCAGCCAUGAUUGGCUCCCUCUCGAGCCUAUCCGCAACAGUCUCCUGCAGAAUGCACCUCGGGGAUGGAUUGUCUCUUUCGUUGGAGUUGCACCGCAUUGGGAUUGGACUUGGUUUCGGCCAGGCCAAGUGCUUACUGCCUUCUACGAAGUAGCUCCUAUUGAGACUCCGAGGUCCGUCCAAUCAGGAAAUGACCAGUGUGUCCUCAGCUUGCGCAAAGCCAUCGGCACCACUCAGCACUUUGACCUCACUGUUGCUUCUAUGCCUUCACCUUUCGUCCUUGCCGAUGUUGCAGCAGUUUUGAGUGGCACUUGGGUCCUCCCCUCCCUCCUACCAGAAGGCUUGCACCUGCACCCGGCAACCGCCAAGGCUUGGCCAGACCUCGUCAGUGUUGAGCAAGGACUUGCAGCCGGUCUUGACAAGGUUUCUGUUUUUACUGACGGUUCUUAUGAUGGCACUAGCAGCUUCUGGGCCUUUGUGUCCUUUGGCCACUCACAGUCAGGAACCUUCCUGCUUGCAUGGGCGCGCGGCCAGGUUGCAACCGGUGACGAAACACGCAGCAUAGGAGCAUCAGAGCAUAGUGCGGUCAACGGGGAACGCACUGCAGUCUUCUGGGCCCUCGGUUGGCUACUUGGCCUAUCCAAACAAGUUCAGAAGGAAUUGCACAGUGAUUGCAUUGUUGCUGCCAGACAGGCCGAUGGCCACUUUGGAGCAGUGUCGCAACUUGCGAUCGUUAAAGCAUGUCGCUCCUUAGCCCAGGUGCAUGACGCACUUGGCCCCGGUUGCACAGUGCCCAUCUACCACGUCAAAGGGCACGAGGGCCACCCGUACAACGAACUUGCAGAUGUGCUUGCCGGAGCAUGUGAUGUCCCAGAAACUGAUUUGCCGCCCCAUCUUCUUCACACUUGUCGAUGGGCACGACAGCACUCUCUUGAAUGGCUAUGGCUAACUGUCGCAGCUAUGCAGCAGUCCACCUCGCUUCCUCAGUAUAAUGGCAACGCCCUUACUGAUACAGUCGGCCAUUCAGAUCUCGCUCACCUUGAGCUCAACCCUUGUUCUGCCUUUGGCCCUGCCUUUGCCAGCGUUCCACCCAAGGCACCGUCCACUGGUUUUCGCUUCUUCGCGAGGUUCGUCACGGUUAAUGUCCAAACCCUCGGUGAGGACUCCGUUGCACAGGUCAAUCGGACACCAUUUGUUCGAGCACAGCUUGAGUCAGUUGGGUGUCUUUUUGCUGGCCUUCAAGAAACACGUGCCAGAGCGACUGCAACGGUCACAUCCCAAAGCCACUACAGAUUCCUCUCGGCAAGUGACUCUCAAGGCAAUCUUGGUGUUGAACUCUGGGCCUCCCGCACUGUCCCAGUCGGAUGGGUUGACCAUCGGCCUGUGUACUGUGACCUUUCCGACUUCUGUGUCCUGCAUUGGUCACCAAGAUGCCUGAUUAUUCGAUUUGUCAAAGGCACUUUCCGGCUACUCUUAGUUGUUUGCCAUGCACCAACAGCAGGGCAUGCACAACGGGACUCUUGGUGGAGAGAGUUCUCCGAUCGUGUCAUACAAUGUGCCGGGCAAAACCGAGUUGUUGUGCUAGGGGAUCUUAAUGCCAGACUUGUGCAUCCAGUCCCACACCGUGUUGGGGAUUUGCUGUGGGAACAUGAGCAUGAGCCUCCAUCCCACUUCUUUCGACUCCUACGAUUGCUCGACCUUUGGGUUCCAGCGUCUUUUACUGCUUGCCACACUGGCCUGAGUCACACGUGGGUUUCUCCUGGGGGAGCUGCUGUUUCCCGCAUUGACUACAUCCUGAUCCCUUCUGCCUGGGAAGUUCAGCCAGGCGGUUCUCAGGUCCUAUACUCCGUCGAUUUUGGCCAUUCUGGCCUUGAUCACUUUGCAGUGAGGCUUGACAUUGAUGUUGUCCACUCUGUUAAGGGCCUUGGCAACCAGGCCGUUGGCACUUUUGACAGGGCCAGGUUGCUCCAGCCUGAGUCCCAGCCUGAACUCCACCGGAUCUGUGCCUCAGUGCCUGCUGUUCCUUGGAACCUUGAUGUGCAUUCACACUAUCAAUGUGUUGCGGGAUACCUUCACGACCAGCUUGCAGAAGCCUUCCCCAAACAGCGAUCGGCGCGCCGACGCACUUUCUUCUCAGAUACCACCUGGUCCAUGCGACAACAGCGUGUCUGGUGGAGGCGACAGGCACACAAAUUUAGCUUUGCACUCACACAUGGCCCACUUGCUUGGGCCUUUGCUGCCUGGCGUACCUCGCGCCCCUGGAGUUCGGCAGUCCUUGCUCAUAUUGCAGGUGUUUUCUCCGACAUCGCAGGGUUGCACACUGCAGUCCAGGAGCUCCGUUCGCUCAAGCCGGCUUUUCGCCGCUCACUCUGUGCUGACCGCAAAAAUUACCUCUCUGCUGUCGCUGAUGCUGCCUGCCGUUCGUCCACCAAGGACGUUGUUGCCAAAAUGCGUCCUCUCAUUGGGCCCCCAAGACGCAAGCAAAGGGGUGCCGUACCAUUACCAACAGUUCGCCUUGAGAAUGGCGAGCUCGCCCAGGAGCCUGAUGAAGUUGAGGCGCGCUGGGUCCGGCACUUCAGUGCCGUGGAGUUCGGCGGUCCCGCCAAGCCUGAGGAACUCAUCAGCAACUGCCUCCAAAGGCAGGCUCGCAUUGACCUUGAUGGCCUGGAGAUUGACCUUGCCGAGCUGCCGUCCCGUCUCGACCUAGAGGCCGCCAUGAGAUCCGCGAGGACUGGAAGAGCAUCAGGCAACGACGCUCUGCCGGCAGAGUUGUGGAAACUCCAGGCUCCCGUCCUUUCCCAAGUUCUCUACCCGCUGAUGCUCAAGGCCGCGUUCCGCCUCACCGAACCUCUGCAAUUCAAAGGAGGGUCCAUGCAUAAAAUAUGGAAAGGUCGCGGACCCAUGCAGAAUUGCGACAGCUACCGUGGUAUCCUGGUUUCAAGUGCUGCAAGCAAGUGCAUCCACGGUGCGUUUAGGCGCAAAUGCGCUGAGUGGUACGAGACUCUCUCCACACCACUACAACUUGGAGGUCGGAAGGGCUUUCCAGUUCAGCUCGCCGCCCAAGCCGCUAGGGCCUUCCAGGCAGCCGCGCUUCGUCAGAAGCUCAAUGUUGCAAUCGUUUUCCUCGACCUCCGUGAAGCCUUCCACCGUGUUGCCAGACCACUUAUACACGGAGGAGCUUUAGACGAUGAGCACAUCGCACAAGUUCUGUCAGUUUUUGGCAUUCCUGCCGAUGGCAUGGAGGAGCUGCGUACAUACGUCAGGGAUGUCUCACUCAUACGGGAUGCAGGUGCCUCGCACUGGGCUGCAGCCAUGUUAAGCGAGUUCCAGACUGAUACUUGGUUCACUAUUCGAGGGCAUCUUGCAACAGUCCGUGCUGGGACUAGGCCGGGCGAUUCUCUCGCCGACGUCGUUUUCUCCUUCCUUUUCGCAGCAGUCCUGCGGCGGCUACGCCAGGCACUCCUUGAUGCGGGGGUCUCAGUCCUGCUCCCAUGGCAUGCCAACUGGGAGGGACAUCUUCAGCCACAACAGCAACAGCCCGACGACACUUUAGCGCCCAUAGACGUGUCAUGGAUGGACGACCUUGCUCUGCUGAUUUGGUCCCACACAGCUGAGGGACUUAUCACUGAUGUAAAACCGAAGCCCUUGUCUCGCUUCUUGGGCCCGGUUCCAGAAAACUUCGAGUGGACUUGGGUCUACGGUGGCACUGCUGAGCUCGAUUCCCUCCGAGGCGCCCAGCUCUCCAUGGCACGGCAAAUGUUGCGCCCAACGUACCGCCACGAGGAAGCCUUGCACCUUGGCGCUGGCCGCAUCCUUGCUACGGCGCGCCUUCCCACUGUUGAUGUCGAGUUGCAUGCAGCACGCCUGCGUCACCUUGCGCUUGUUUUGCGUAAGGCACCAGUCGAGUUUUGGGCAAUUCUUCACUUCGACGGCUGUUGGAACAGUCUUGCUGCCGACUCUAUACAAUGGCUCCGUCAGGUCUUCGCCCAAACUGGCCCAGAGCACCCUGACCUACGCACUUGGCAGGAUGUAACUGCUUUCAUUGCUGCACGCCCACAGUCAUGGAAGCGUGUUAUUUCACGUGCCGUUACUAUUGCGCAGCUGCUUGCGUUAUGGGAGUCUGAGACUGCCCACUAUCGGGGCUUGAUGCUGCGUUUCCUCAUUCAGCAUGGCGCUCACAUCACCACAAAGGAUUGUGAGGGCGAGAGCCAGCGAGAAGUAUGCGCUCCGUGUCGCCAAGUUUUUCCCAACCUGCGCUGUUGGAGCCAUCACGCUUUUAAAUGCCAUGGGAGAGUGCGCGAGGAACGGCACUUUGCGUCAGGCACGCAGUGCCGUGUCUGUUUGCGCCAUUUCGCCACCAAUUUCAGACUCUGCAACCAUCUGCGCCAUUCCAAGGCAUGUUUAGCUGCUCUUGUCUCUGCCGGAAAAGCCGGGGUCGUCCAGCCCGGUAAGGGCAGCAAGAAGUUCCUUUCAGGUGAGGAUUCCAUUUGUCCUGCUGUAACAGCAGCUGGUCCCAAACAGCCAGCAUGUCCGGACGAUUAUAUUCCCGAAAGCCAGCGAGCAGAUGAGGAUAUCCUUGCUGCACUCGAGGAUGUUUUUGCCCAUCCUGGGCCCGUCCACGACUUUACUGGCCUUGUUGAAGCAGCUCGAAUCCACUUUAGUCGGACAUGCCUUCAGGGAUCGCGCCUGCGGGCCACUGCUGUCCAGUGGCGAAGCACCCUACGUGAGGAACUUGACCGAUGCGAUGAUGUCCCAGUCCAAUGGGCAGCAUGGCAUACACGCCUCGCAGAUUUACUUUGCGAAGUCGAUUUUGCGGCCUGGCUUGUUCCUGCCCCUGAUGGCACCCAGCCACAAGUCUCUACGUUUCGGGAUGCAGCAGCUGCCUUGUCUGGUCUUGCACUAGACUUCGUGCAUAUCCCAAGGUGCCUCCCAUCUGCCUCUGAUCCGGUGUUCUACUUCGCUGCAGUGCCUGCCCCAGGAUCGUCUGAUCCACAGUGGUCCUUUGUGCCUCACGACACCUGCCUGACCGACCCAAGCCACCUUGACUUUGCCUCCUGGAGUCGCACCCCGACUUCGGUUCGAGGCUUCAGUCUUGUCGGCCUGCUGUCUGACUUCUCCUGUCCUUCUCCAAUGCGCUCGUACAAGCAGCUUCUGCCGCACCUUCGACGCCUUCGGCUUUUUGCCGAUUUCGUCAGAGGAGUUGUGCUGUUGUGGACUUCUGGUUGCCCGGCUUUCCUUGUUGUUCCACCCAUCUCCUGUCCUGGCAUCGAAGUGGUACGUCGUCUUGCUCGGUACAGACGCAAGGAGCAUUUUGGCGAAUUCUUCGCCAAUUUCCCAGAAGCAGACAGCUUUGUUCAAUGUUUCACACUCUAA